AUGAAGAAAUUGUCUGUGAUCACGCUAAUUCUGGCUUUGUCGGUCGUUGCAAACGUUGGACUGAUUGCAUUCGUUAUCUGGUUAGCCACGCAUAAAGAUGAAACAAUUCCGACAAUUUGUGGCGAUGAAGAACCUAAUCCUAAGCUUUUUAAAGACGCUACUUACCAAAAUAUCUUUGAAGAUUUGAAUUCAUCGGAAAUUAACGAAGUAUUGGAUUACUUAUAUUCCCAAUCAGAAUUAAAGUUGGUCAAACCAGAUAAAGCUAACUUGACAACGAAUUAUAUCAUAGGACUAGAACUACAUGUUCCGAACAAAUCGCAAGCACUUAAAUUUCUCGAUGGAAAUGGUCGUGAGAUACCCCCAGCUCGAGAGGCGAAGGCAUACCUGUUUCUGCCACAGAAUGACCCACCCGUUGUUGAAGAGUAUAUCGUUGCUCCCAUACCACGACCAACAAGAUACUAUCAUAAUCCAAGAAGAAUCAAAGAUAUCCCAUAUAGAGUUCGACAAUUCAGCAACACAGAGAUGGUCGUAGCGGUCAACUUACUUCGAAAAGAAGUUGCUACCAAGGUCGAAAAUAUGUUGAAGCGAAGUUACGGCGCUUCGUUUAUCUGCAAGAAGAACUGUCUCACGUUUACAGCAUCGGCCGUCUCUUCAGCGUUUUCGAAGGAGAGAAAGUUGUGGAUUACGUCUUUGUAUCAACUAGAAUUCGCAACACUUCAUCCAGUUGGUUUUCAAAUUCUUAUUAAUAUGGACGGCAUCAAUGCCUCAAAUUGGAAAAUUGAAAAACUUUGGUAUGCAAAUAAAAUGUUUUCAUCGGUAGAAGAAUUAGUCCGGAAAUACGAAAAUAACGAAAUCCCAAAAGCAUUGAUCAGACCACCAAAAGCAUCCCCAGGAGAAACAUCUGUUCCGGGCUCACUGAAUAUACGGGGUAAAAGAUUCCCUGAUGUACCAACAUCAGGUCCUAAACAAUAUGAACCCCAAGGACAUCGCUAUAGAGUUAGAAAUCAACAUGUGGAUUAUCUUCAAUGGGAAUUCAAUUUUAGGAUGUCAUAUGCAUCAGGGAUUCAGUUGUACGACAUAAAGUUUCAAAAUGAGAGGAUUAUGUAUGAGUUGAGUAUGCAGGAAAUAAUUGUGAUUUAUGCUGGAGCAACCCCACAUGGUCUUUAUGCUCAGUUAUCGGACAGUGCUUUUGGUAUUGGUAAUCGCGCUCAUGGUAUGAUGCCGGGUGUCGAUUGUCCGGAACAUGCCACUUUUGUGGAUUCUGUUAUCUACAACGAAGACAAUCUUACGCCUAAAACGUAUCCUAACGCAAUUUGUGUAUUUGAACAUAACACGGCGUUACCUUUACGUCGUCAUCGCUCUGGAAGUUCCCGAAGUGGAUUCUUUAAUUCGGGAUUAGUAGAUUAUGUUCUUAUUCUCCGAACUAUGUUUGUAAUGUUUAAUUAUGACUACAUCAUUGAUUUUGUAUUUCAUCAAAACGGUGCUAUUGACGUUAAAGUGCAUUCGACUGGGUUCAUUCUGUCCAGUUUGUAUUAUCAUGAAGAAGGAGCUUAUGGGUUUCGUGUUUCGGAAUCGUCUAUUGCCCCUGUUCAUCAUCAUUUAUUCAGUUUUAAGGCAGAUAUGGAUAUACUCGGAACCAAAAAUCGAUACAUGACUUUGGAUACAGAGGUAGAAAAUCGAACCAGGAAAUGGUAUGAAAAUGGUGAAUACCAUACUCAACUGACUUUUAAACGCAAUUUAAAAUCUACUGAACAAAAGGCAGCAUAUAAAUACAAUUUUAAUACCCCGAAAUAUCAUUUAAUCAUAAACAAUGACAAACUAAACAAAUACUCAGAACCCAGAGGAUAUCGAAUUCUUGGGAAAGGAUUCAGUAAGCAAAUUUUACCAGAAAACCACGGUUUCGAACGAACUAUAACGUGGUCGAGAUAUCAAAUGUGUGUAACGAAACGGAAAGAUAGUGAAGAUACUAGCAGUUCAAUGUAUUCAAUGUUUGAUAGUGGUGAUCCUGUAGUCGAUUUUGUUUCCUAUAUAAAUGAUAAUGAGAAUAUUGUAGAUGAGGAUUUAGUUGCUUGGCUUAGUCUUGGCAUGCAUCAUAUACCUCAUACAGAAGACGUACCCAAUACUGCCACCACCGGAAAUGAGAUGUCAAUAUCUUUCUUACCUUUUAACUAUUUUACUGAAGAUCCGUCGAUGGGAUCACGCGAUGCUGUUCGAGUUGAUUCGAAAAUCAAGUCAAAGGGUCAAAAGGCAGACGUGACUAUUGAACGCUAUGGAACUCCUCAUAAAUUUUCUUGCUUAGCCAAACAAUAUGAUUUUCAAAAGAUUGUUAAUAAUGCUUCGGUUCUAUUUCAACAACCUUGA